AAACUGUGAUUUUACAUCAGUUCUCUGUGUGAUUUGUUCGUGAAUUUAUUAGCAAAAUGACAAAUAGUAAAAAUAAAGCUCAAAAAAGAUACGAAGGAAAAGUGUUGAACUUCGAUCACUUAGUAUUUUGGGUAGCGAACGCAAAAACCGCAUCCAGCUAUUUCGUGACGAGAUUCGGUUUCAAGCCUCUAGCAGUACGAGAGGCGUCAGAGAGCAGGCCCGUGGUUUCCUACGCCGUCAGAUCAAACAAGAUUACAAUAAUAUUCGAAUCACCAACGAAAGAAGAUGGCGAGAUAUCAGUAGACUUGGCAGCGCAUGGAGACUUCGUGAAGGACGUCGCUUUUGAAGUCAAUGAUCUAGAUGGACUAGUUUCAAGAGCUAAAGCGGGAGGCGCUGAAGUAGUCAAAAAUAUUACUGAGGAAAAAGAUGAUGAUGGCGUUGUUAGAUACGCUGUUCUACGGACGUAUGGCGACAACACGCAUACUCUCAUCGACCGAAGCAAAUAUAACGGAAUCUUUCUGCCAGGAUACCAGCCUUCAGAAGAAGAUCCUUUUAACGGACUGCUGCCAGCCACGAAUUUAAUGUUCAUUGACCACGUUGAAGGCAACAUGGCCGACGGAACUCUCGAAGAUUCUGCUUCUUGGUACGAAAAGAAUCUCAAUAUGCACAGAUUCUGGUGCGUUGACUACAAACACGAUCUAGUGCCGUACUCCUGCAUCAACUCCGCAUCCGUUAUUAAUGAAGAUGAGACCGUUCUAUUGUCUUUGAAUGAAUCCGCAAAAGGCUUGCGUCCAACCAGCAAAGCGUCAGAGUUCGUAAAGGCGCUCGGUUCCUCUGGAGUGGAACACGUUGCGUUUUACACUGAUGACAUCGUAUCAACCAUGCGCGACCUCAAAGCCCGCGGGGCCGACAUACUAACUUGGCCUCCGACGUACUACGAGCUAAUCCGAGAGAAGCUAGCAGAUAGCUCGUUGCACGUCGCUGAGAGCAUCGACGAGCUUCAGCAGCAGAACGUGCUAAUAGACUUCGAUGAAAGAGGGUAUAUGCUGCAGGCGUUUACAAAACACGUGCAGCCACGACCCACGCUGUUUAUAGAGAUAUUGCAGAGGAGGAAUCAUAGAGGAUUUGGAGCUAUGAAUUACAAAUGGGUGUUUGAAGCAAUCGAACGUUUGGAAAGUACAAAGGAGAAAAAUGUAAAAGAAGAAGAGAAAACUGAAGCCGCCUAGUUCUUCUGUUUCUAAUGUUUAUAUCAAUGAUAAGGAAUACAAAUGUAAUUAAAGAUAACAUUGUAAUUAAGAUGAAAAUUGAAAUUACGCCAAACAAGAAAGUGUAUUCUUGGAAUUGGAUUUUCAUGUUAAAUAUUCUGUUAAAACUCGUUUUAUAAUAACACUAAUCUUCAUAAAAUAUAAUAUACUUAAUACUAAUUAGUAUUGUAUUAUAAAUAUGUUACAUA